GGACCACAAGGGAGAAGUUAGGAACAGUUAUAGCAGUGGUGGUGGUGGUGGUGGUGGUGGUGGUGGUGGCUGUUGCUUACUAACUGGCUACUGGUGGUGGUGGUGGUGGUGGUGGUGGGGGUCCAGGAGGCCUCACCACAGCGGUUCCCCAACACGUUUCAAGAGUCAUCCAUUACAUUAGGAAUAAUGUACCCGAAAUCCAUGUUCCGGAAGAGGCAGUACGAGAAAGCCAUCCAGGACGCGGUGUCUUCUCUAAGCAAGCUGGAUCUGAAGUUCAUGCGCACCUUCGCCCUGGUCAACAGCACGAUCAGCAUGGGCAUCAAUCCUUCGCCUACUUUAAUCUUGAACAGUCUAUGUGAAAAGUUUCUGCCAGAGAAUGUAUCAGCUAUUAUCUUCCUGAGCUGCACUGAGAACUACGGAAGGGCCACAGCCUCAGCACAGUACUUCCUGCAGCUGGCCGGUUACCUGGGCAUACCUGUCAUUGCCUGGAACGCUGAUAACUCUGGCCUCGAGCAGGCGGCGCAGACGGGGCUAAGGAUCCAGCUGGCCCCCUCCGUGCACCACCAAGCGGCAGCCAUGCUUAGUAUCCUCAUAAGGUACCAAUGGCACUCUCUGUCAAUCGUCACGUCGCAGAUAGCUGGACAUACGGACUUCGUGCAGGCUGUGAGGGACGAAGUGGCUUACCAUCAGGAGCACCAUAGGGUCAAAUUCGUCAUAAUAGACACCAUAGUGAUAGACGAUAUGAGGACUUCACUGAUACGUCUCAAGAAUUCCGAGGCGCGAAUUGUCUUGCUGUACUCGACAAAGGAGGAAGCGAUAGGGAUUAUGGACCACGCUAAGAAACUCGGCCUGGUGGACAAAGACUACAUGUGGAUCGUGACGCAGAGUGUAGUGGGAGACAAGGUAACCAAGGAACUGCCUGUGGGAAUGCUAGGCGUCCACUUCGACACGUCAAUGGACAGUUUAGCCUCGUCAAUCCCCACGGCAGUUGAGGUGUUCGCCUACGCUAUAGAGGAGUUCGUAAACCAGACCCGCUUCCGAAAUGGCGAUUUAAACCCAAGACUGUCUUGUAAUGAUCACAGAAAUUCUAAAUGGAAGCUUGGAUCAAAUUUUUACAGGCACCUCCGGGAAGUCACGAUCCCAAAGGAACCCACAACGGUAUCCUUCAACAGUGACGGAACAAGGCAUGACGUGGAACUCAAAAUUGUCAAUCUUAGAGACUCCACGCCAAACACUAAGAUAUGGGAGGAGAUAGGAGUUUGGCGCUCGUGGGAAGAGGAGGGACUGUCCGUGAAUGACAUAGUGUGGCCUGGCAAUGGUCACGUUCCACCUCAAGGCGUGCCGGAAAAAUUUGAGCUUAAGAUUGUUUUCCUGGAGGAGCCGCCGUAUAUUUCCCUGGCCCCGGCUGACCCCGUGACUCAGCAGUGUGCCUCAAACAGCGGCGUGCCAUGUAAAGUGCCAAGGACAAAGGAGGAAAUGGAGAGCGAGAACGUUACCAGCGCUGCCAAAACAAUGUGCUGCUCCGGGUUCUGCAUUGACCUCCUUGAGAAAUUUGCCACCGAUCUCGGCUUCACUUACGACCUGGUCAGAGUGGACGACGGGAAGUGGGGAACUAUGGAUAGGGACCACCGCUGGAACGGACUAAUAGGUGAGCUACUGCGACGCGACACUGAGGGCGCAGAGAUGGCACUAACCAGCCUGAAGAUCAACAAGGAGAGGGAGAGCGUGGUGGAUUUCACUGUGCCCUUCCUGGAGUCUGGCAUCGCUAUAGUCGUGGCCAAGAGGACUGGAAUUAUCUCUCCCACUGCGUUUCUAGAGCCCUUCGACACUGCCUCAUGGAUGUUGGUGGCGUUUGUGGCGAUCCAAGUGGCUGCUUUGACCAUCUUCCUGUUUGAGUGGCUGAGUCCGGGAGGGUACAAUAUGAGGACGGGAAACUUGGAGAUGGCGCCUCCGAGGGACCACAAAUUUUCCCUCUUUCGGACCUACUGGUUGGUGUGGGCUGUUCUCUUCCAGGCAGCUGUUCACGUAGACUGUCCGAGGGGAUUCACAGCCAGGUUCAUGGCUAAUAUGUGGGCGAUGUUUGCUGUGGUGUUCCUUGCGAUCUACACUGCUAAUCUCGCGGCCUUUAUGAUCACCAGGGAGGAGUUCCACGAUUUCUCUGGCCUCAAUGACACUAGGCUACAGCACCCCCACACAGUCAGCCCAGCAUACAAGUUUGGUACAGUGGAGGAGACGAACUCAGCAAUGGUCUUAAGGCGCCACCAGCCUCACAUGUACAACUAUAUGGUGCGCCACGGGUACAAUAAACCAUUUGUCAAGGACGGAGUGCGCUCUAUCAAGGAAAAUGAGCUGGACGCCUUCAUCUAUGACGCUACCGUGCUGGACUACUUGGUUGGGCAAGACGAUGACUGCCAGAUCCUUACAGUGGGCUCGUGGUAUUCAAUGAGCGGCUACGGGCUGGCUUUUCCCCGCGGCUCCAAGUAUCUGCCGCUCUUCAAUAACAAGCUCAUGACCUACAAGGAUAAUGGUGAAAUAGAACGCUUGCAACGGUUUUGGAUGACAGGGACUUGCAAGCCUAUGAAGCAGCAGAGACGUGCGUCGGAACCCUUGGCAAUCGAGCAGUUCCUCUCCGCAUACCUACUUUUGGGUAUCGGGAUGGUGCUGGCCGUCGUGUUGCUGGCCUUAGAGCACAUAUACUUCAAGUACGUGAGGAAGCACUUGGCUAAGAAGGACAGUGGUGGUUGCUGCGCCCUUGUUAGCCUGAGCAUGGGCAAGUCACUGACAUUUCGCGGGGCAGUGUAUGAGGCGACCAACAAGCUUAGACGCCACCGCUGCCGGGACCCACUCUGCGACACACACAUUUGGAAGGUCAAACACGAGCUGGACAUGGCAAGAGUGACGAUCCGGCACCUCGAGAAGCAACUAGAGGCCAAUGGACACAAGCCAGCGCAUAAGAAGUGUUUACAUCAAGCACAGAGCGGGGUAAGCGCCACGCCCCUCCUUGGCUGCUGCUGGUCAUCCCCCACCGAGGAGGCCACAUGGGUCCGCCCCUCAGCCUUGUCGGUGACGAGCAGCCAGCAGCACCUCCUGCAGCCUACCCACGGGCACCAGGCGGCCACCACAGGGGAGGUAGCCGGGGCUCUGCAAACCACCUUCCGCAGAUCAAACACUGGAAUGUACAUGGAGACAGUUUUGAGUGAGGACCCCACUGGAAGACUACUGGGGGGUCACACCGAGGACUUACCCCCCUCCAGCCACCCGCCAGUCACCCAGCAGGCAACACCCCCGACGUCCUUCACUCAGGCUGUUCCUACGACCCCUAGAAAGAGGAGUUUUGAGUCGAGGUCACCAGAGAGCCCCCUUGCUGGACUUCUUAGGUGUCAACAUCAACUGAAAUAGCGGAGAUAGAGACAGUGCUGUAGAGAGAGAGAGAGAGAGAGAGAGAGAGAGAGAGAGAGAGAGAGAGAGAGAGAGAUCAUGUAAGUCUUAAAUAACGCACACGAUGACACACACACACAC